UGCAAGGCAAGAGGUAUAAGAGCAGAAGUGAAUGCAGGAACUCUCACUGCUUUGCACAUGAGGUCCUCAUGGUCUGUCCUUGUUCUUCACAGUAGGCUUUUCAGUUUGGGGCUUGCAGUGGGUCUUUGGGAGGGAAAGGAGCAAAAGAUGUCUGUUUUUCAAGCACAUAGUUUUAAAGUACACAUAAUUGCCACAUUCCUCUAGCUAUUGUGCCCGUCUGUAGGGAUAACCAACCUAAAAAUCAGCUGCUGCUUAGCACCGUGUCUUGGGAGUCACAAUUUAGCAGUGUUAGCAGGAAAAGUUAAUUAGAAAGGAUUCGUGAAAUAAACAUUUUGGAUUUUCUGGAGUUGUAAAAUAGUAGAUUUAAAAUAUUUUUAAAUGAUUUUUCCACUCUUUAGGGACUAGUAAAAGGCGUUCAUUUCUCUAAGAGAGCAAAAUGUUAUUUGCAUGGAUUGUGCCUUCAGCAAUUUGGUUUUUGGUGCACUUCACAGCAGAAGCAUGUGGUAAAGGAAAAGUGACUGCUAGCAAACUUCCCCGUGGUGUUGCAGAAAUAUGCGAUAAAGGAAAUAUGACUGCUAAUACUGCUUCUCAUGUCCAGCCUGAAACAAAUAUUACCCUCUCAUGCCAGCUAAAACAAUCAAAACAGAAGGAGCAAUGCAAGAUAGCUAUUUUCUUUAACAGUUCUGAACUAAGUAGCAAUUAUGGCAGUUCAGUAAGCACCGAAUUUCUAGUCCGUACAUAUGGCAAACUCAUGUUUACUUGCAAAGUAGUUUGUGAAUAUAAGAAAAAACUAAUCUGUGGAAUUGAUAUAGAGUCUGGAAAUCCUCCAGAUCAGCCAAAAAAUGUGUCGUGUAUACAGUAUGGGACAGAGAGUAAUCCUACCUGCACCUGGAAUAAAGGAAGAUUUACAUACUUAAACACUACAUAUGUAAUACGGCUAUCAAAUGGGACUGAUAUGUUAUGGUUUUUAGAAGAAAAUGUGAAUAAUGAAUUUGGCUUGCUGGUUCUGAGCACGAAGUUGAAUUUUGACUUCACUUACACAAUUGUGGUUGCUGCCUCCAAUGAACUAGGAGAUGCUUUUUCACAGCCACUCAUGUUCAUGUUAAUAGACAUAGUGAAACCACAUCCUCCCAAGUUUUUAGUGAAGUUUGAGAAUUCUUCUGCAACAAACUGCACAGUUUUUUGGCGUGAUGAAGUACAAGCACAGCACUUUAGACUAAGAUAUCGUUCACUUAACAGUUACACGUGGAAUAUGGUUGAAAGUUUAAAUAGUGAAAAAUGCAACCUUUAUGGUCUGGAGCCUUACACAGAAUACGAAUUCCAGGUUAGCUGCAAAAUUCACCCUGAGAGAGGACUGUGGAGUAACUGGAGAACUUUUCAAACCCAGACUCCAGAAGCAGUGCCUGCCCGGCUCCUAGAUGUCUGGUACAAAAAGCAGGAUAUGAACUCUCAAAUGCAAAACAUUUCUCUUUUUUGGAAGGCUUUAAGCAAGUCAGAAGCAAGAGGAAAAAUCCUGCAGUACACAGUGACCUUUCAAGCACUAAACCACAGGAGUCCCAGAGCACUAGAAAGAAGUGUCACCACGCAGACCAGUUACACCAGAAUCACACCACAGCUGGACUACAACAUAACAAUCACUGCUGAUAACUCGAAGGGCAGCUCCCCUCCUGCAUCCAUUGUAACUGACCUGGGCAUUCAGGAGUUUCCUCCUCCUCGGAAUGUCUCUGCUAUAGCAAUGGGAAAUAACAGCAUCCUAGUCAUUUGGAAACCUCCCAUUAAAUCUACUGCAUUCAUCAAUGGAUACGUAGUGGAAUGGAUAGAUAUACAUAGAAAUAAGAGCCUGGAACCCCAUCUAAACUGGAUAAAACUUCUAGCAUCUAACCUGUCAACAGUGAUAUCAGAGCACGUAAAAGAUCAUGUGUGCUAUCACAUCGCUGUAUCUGCACUUUAUCAGGACAGAGCUGGACAAGUGGCAUCUGUUAGGGGAUACUCGAGAGAAAAAGCACCAUCAGUUGGGCCCCAGAUGUAUCCAACACCACACACAAAUGGUAUUUUGGUUUCAUGGGAAGAAAUCCCUGCCAACCAGCAAAUGGGCUGCAUUACAGAGUACAAUAUAUACCUCCAAAAAAAAGACAGUAAGGUAGCUCCACAAGUCUAUGCCAUUCGUAAUGUGACUGCCCAACAUUCAUUUUACAUCACAAAUCUACAAGAUGGUGAGAAUUAUUUCCUGUGGAUGACAGCAUCAACUGCUGCUGGAGAAAGCCCCCGGGGAAACAGCGAGCUCGUUUGCUUGGAAAGUGCUGUAGACUGGAUUACUAUUGUGCUUACCUGCAGCUUCUUCGUAUUCUCAGCCUGUAUUUGUGCUAUACCUCCUGCACGGAAAGUAUUGUACUCGCUCCUUUCUGUCAUUGUGCCUCAGUGGUAUAGCAAAGCUAUUCCCAACCCAGCUAAUGCUACGUGGGCUAGGAACGACACAUCUAUGAAGGGUGAGCUGAGUUUACCUGCCAAUCCGUUCCUACACAACAUGAGCAGUUUUGAAGAGCCUGAAAUAACACAAGUAGAGGAAUCCUUCAUAAAGAAAGGCUCACAGCCUUUCCAGGACAAAGUCAUCCUCAGCAACAUUAAUAGCAGUGAAAACCAUGACUGGCAACUGGAAAGCAGCUUUGAGAAACAGGACUGUGAGUACAAGCCUUUACCCAGCACCACAGAUGGAGACAUUUAUGAGCAUCAGCUUCCAUACUUGUACAAGAAGAUAGCAGUGGAGGUUACAGGACACACGCAAACUGCUUCAGAGUACAUUGCUAAUCCAAUUACUGAAACUACAACUUACCUACCCUCAGCCGUGUCAUCACCUAUUACAGACACUAAUGAAGACUAUGAACUUGACUGCAACCCAAUUUCUGUUUUCCCAACAACAACUUUUUUGACACCAGUAUUUUCCUAUGGAGGGAAACUUACCCUAGAUGCAGUCAAAAUAAACUGCACUUCCUUCACCAGGUAGAUUCUCAAGGUGGUUUAACAGUCUGGCAUGAUUUUUUGCACUUUAGUGAAACAUUGCAACAUGUGUUUCAAUACAGCCAAUAUAACAACUUGAAUGUGACACCUUUUACUUAGGUGACAAAACUCACAAACCUUUCCAGCACUGCAACACAUGCCUUUCCUUACAGUACAGGAGCUCUUUACCCACAGAUCAUGUAGGCAGAAUUAAAGACAGAAGACCUGGAGAUUACCAGGGCUCAGGGACCUGAGGGAUUAAUCACUCUCUCAAGCUGCCGUCAUACAGCCUGGAUUGCCUCAACGACUUUGUCCCACUGCCUAACGCAAUGGCUUGGUGCUGGCUUGAACUUCACUGGCAGUCGAACACUUGCUAAAUAUCAUUUAAACCACUGCUUACCCAGAAGAAGCGAGUUAUUCCAGUUAAGGUCAAGCUUCAGCAUUUGACCACCAACAGGAUCCUGGUUGUAGUCCAUACUCCUGCUGCACACAACAGAUUAGAAAUGCAGUAUCUGGAAGUCUGCAUAACCUGGUGCUAAAUUUACGUGCUCAAACCCAAUAGACAGUAAACGCAGCCUGAAGAUACGUGGUAAUUCCUGUUUUCCCUAAUCGCACUGGUGCUAUGGCCCAACAUGGGCACUGAAGGAUGUAUAACCUCAUUAUUUUUGCAGCAGGGAUGAAAAGUUCUUUCAAAGUGAGCUUGUUUUUGUGGCUCAGAUUAGAAAGGGAGAAGAAAUCCUUGCCAAGACUGAACAGGCAACACAUACACAGUAAGUCAAAUGGACUAGAGAGAAGAAUUUAAAUCAUUUAUUGAAGUAUUCUAAUUACAGAUUUGAAGUAUUUGUUACACAUUUAAUGACUUUAUUUGGUAUAUGUGUGUGUAUAUAUAUACAAAUGUAUAUAUAUAAGAAAAAUAAAAUCUUGGAAACCUGAAA